AUGUGUUUGGGAAUAUUGUGGCUGUAUCGACAGCAAACUGGCAAUGAGGAUGCUCAACUCACUCCUCUUCUACGCCUUGGAGCUGGAGCAUGUGCAGGAAUAAUUGCAAUGUCUGCAACUUAUCCCAUGAACAUGGUACGAGGCAGGCUCACUGUACAGACUGUGAAUUCACCUUAUCAAUAUAGAGGAAUGCUCCAUGCUCUAUCAACUGUGCUUCGGGAAGAAGGUCCAAGGGCUCUGUACAAGGGCCGGCUUCCUUCUGUCAUUGGAGUUAUCCCAUAUGUGGGUCUCAACUUUGCUGUGUAUGAAUUGCUAAAAGAUUGGUUGGUUAAAGCUAAACCAUUUGGACUAGUUCAAGAUUUUGACUUAAGUGUGACUACAAGGCUUGCUUGUGGGGUUGCAGCUGCAACUGUUGGCCAAACAGUUGCCUAUCCACUUGAUGUUAUUCGUCGGCGAAUGCAGAUGGUUGGAUGGAAAGAAGCUGCUUCUAUUGUCACCGGUGAUGGGAGGAGCAAGUUCCCCCUUGAGUAUAUUUUAGAUGCCUCAAAAACCGAAUCAAAAUGA